CAUUGCUCCUGCCCUCUGCACCUGCAUGACGUGACGUAAAAUAAUAUUGCAUAAAACUGCAUAAUAUUUAUAAACUACUCUUACUAUGAACCCUUCUGCUCCUUAAGCUUGGACCUACUCACAUAUGCAGUUCAUUACAUGAUGAACAUAGAGGAGUGUAAUUCAUUCUAGCAGAAGAGAUCACCGUCUUCAGGACUCGGCUGUGUGUCCAUAAGCUGUCUGUGUAUACACUAAAAUAAAAAAAUGGGGCUCCCUGAUCUGGACACAGAUGAUAUGACUCCACCCCCCAGGAAGUGUAAACUCCCGAGAAAGAGAUCAGACUCAGCAGCACCCAGCUGUGUCUCCAUGAAAAGUGAUGCAUCUGUGGAUCCUCCUUAUGUGAACUUCAAAAAUGGAAACCCCCCGUGUGGACACAGUAAACUCCAGAGAAAGAGAUCAGACUCACCAGCACCCAGCUGUGUCUCCAUGAAGAGUGAUGCAUCUAUGGAUCCUCCUUAUGUGAACUUUAAAAAUGGAAACCCCUCGUGUGGACACAGUAAACUCCAGAGAAAGAGAUCAGACUCACCAGCACCCAGCUGUGUCUCCAUGAAGAGUGACGUGUCUAUGGAUCCUCCUUAUGUGAACUUUACACAAGUUUCCAUUUUUAGACACAGAGUUCUACUGAAGGCAGCAGAUGGAAUAGAAAAGAACAUCAUCACAGAUACAGGACACGACCCAGAAUCUGCUGCUGUAAAUGAAUUCCAGAAAAAGUUCAAACUGAAUCUGAUGAAGAAGUUUCAGUGUUUAAAUGGAGUGAUAAUAAACCAGGAAAACCGAACACUCCUGAAUGAGAUCUACACAGAGCUCUACAUCACAGAGGGAGACAGUGGAGACGUCAAUAAAGAACAUGAGGUGAGACAGAUCGAGGCAGCAUCCAGGAGAACAACAACAGAGGAAACACCAAUCAAAUGCAAUGACAUCUUUAAGCCCUUAUCUGAACAAGACGAACCCAUCAGAACUGUGCUGACGAAGGGAGUCGCUGGCAUCGGAAAAACAGUCUCCGUGCAGAAGUUCAUUCUGGACUGGGCUGAAGGGAAAGCAAAUCAGGACCUCCACCUCAUAUUUCCACUUCCUUUCAGAGAGCUGAAUUUGAUGAAGGACCAAAAACUGAGUCUGAUGGAUCUCCUUCAUGUCUGUUUUAAAGAAACAAACGAAACAGAAAUGUCCAGUGUGAAAAAAGUUCUGUUCAUUUUUGAUGGAUUGGAUGAGUGUCGUUUUCCUCUGGAUUUCCAGAACACAGUGAGAGUGUGUGAUGUAAAUGAAUCAGCAUCAGUCCAUGUGCUGCUGAUAAACCUGAUCAAAGGGAAUCUGCUUCCCUCUGCUCUCAUCUGGAUCACUUCCCGACCAGCAGCAGCUGAUCAAAUCCCCUCUGAGUAUGUCCAUCGAGUCACAGAGGUACGAGGGUUCAAUGACCCACAGAAGGAGGAGUACUUCAGGAAGAGGAUCAGUGAUCAGAGCCUGGCCAGUAACAUCAUCACACACCUGAAGUCAUUAAGAAGCCUCUACAUCAUGUGCCAUAUCCCAGUCUUCUGCUGGAUUUCAGCCACUGUUCUAGAGAGAAUGUUGAGUGAAGCAGAGAGUGGAGAGAUCCCCAGGACUCUGACUCAAAUGUACACACACUUCCUCAUCAUUCAGACAAACAUCAUAAGAGAAAAGUACUCAAAGAAGCAGGAGAGUGAUGAAGAAAUGCUUCUCAAACUGGGACACCUGGCUUUUCAGCAGCUGCAGAAAGGCAACCUGAUCUUCUAUGAGGAAGACCUGAGAGAGUGUGGCAUUGAUGUUACAGAAGCAGCAGUGUACUCAGGUGUGUGUACGCAGAUCUUCAGAGAGGAGUUUGGGCUUCACCAGAGUAAAGUGUAUUGCUUUGUUCAUCUGAGCCUCCAGGAGCAUCUCGCAGCUCUGUAUGUGCACCUGACAUUCAUGAAGGAAAAGAGAAAUGCUCUUGUACAGAGUGGGGUCUUUAAGACAAUUUCUGAUGUCCACGAGAAUACUGUAGAUCAGGCCUUAGAAUGUGCAUCUGGACAUCUGGAUCUUUUCCUCCGCUUUCUCCUGGGUCUCUCACUGGAGUCCAAUCAGAAACUCUUACAUGCCUUAGUAACACAGACAGGAAGUAGCUCCCAGACAGAAAAUAGGAAAACAGUACAGUACAUCAAGAAGAAGAUCAGUAGAGAUGUUUCUACAGAGAAAUCCAUCAAUCUGUUCCACUGUCUGAAUGAACUGGGUGACAGUUCUCUAGUGGAGGAAAUCCAGCAGUACCUGAAAUCUGGAAAACAAAGAAAACUCUCUUCUUCACAGUGGUCUGCUCUGGUGUUUGUGUUACUGAGUUCAGCACAGGAGCUGGAAGAAUUUGACCUGAGUAAAUAUACCAGUACAGAUAAAAUAAGAGAAGAGAUUGUUGUGAAGGUGAUGCCUGUGAUUGCAGCAUCAAGGAAAGCAAUUAUCAGGUGUGAUACAAUUCAAGAAAGAAGUUGGUCAGCUCUGGCCUCAGUGCUCAACUCAGAUACCUCCAAUCUGAAAGAACUGCAUCUGACUGUGGAUACACUGGAUCUGUCUGAGAAUAAACUAGGAGACUCAGGAGUGAAGAAUCUCUCUGCUCUGUUGGAGCAUCCUCACUGUAAAGUGAAACAGCUGAGGUUGAUUGGUUGUGGUGUUUCAGCUGAAGACUGUGCUGCUCUGGCUUCAGCUCUGAGAUCAAACCCCUCACACCUGAGAGAACUGAAUCUGUGUGAGAAUAAUCUAGGAGACUCAGGAGUGAAGUGUCUCUCUGCUGUACUGGAGAAUCCUCACUGUAAACUGGAGAUACUGAGGUAA